AUGUCUGAGGUUCUAGAAACUAAGUGGAUUGAUAGUGGUCUUGAUUGGUCGGAUGCUAAAAGCAAAGCCUAUAAUGUGGAAGGAAAAUUAAAAGGUGAUAAUCCCAUUCUUUAUAAGUCGCCUUCCCUAGAACUUAAAUAUAAUGAAAAUUAUUAUAGUUUCAAAGAUGUUAAAAGCACCGAACUUUCUUUACCUUCUUAUGAUGUAGAAAACAAUCCUGAUAAUUAUUUGAAACCUUUGGAUAUUGUUAAAGUUCAUGUUCCUAAUGGUUGGAAAAAUUUCCUUAAAUUUCUUGGUUCGCCAAAUAAGGUAGUUCGUUUACAUCCUGUUGUUCCUUACAAGCAUAAAGAUAAAGUGAUUAGUAGUCUUGCAGAAUCGGUAGAAGGAGCAGUAAAGUAUUUUGAAAAAAGAGGUAGAUUUAGAACAAGGGUUGAUAAUGAUGGAAAAAGUAAUAAUUGCGAGCAUUUUGUUAAUUUAGCUACUCACGGCGUCGAUAUUUCAGAAUUCACGGAAAAGAAAAAGGUUGAGAAAGGGCAUGAAUACGCAGAAAGAAACAAAUAUUACAGCAUAGAAAAUAAGAUUAGUGAAAGUAAUAGUUUUUUUAGUGGUUUAACUUCCUCUUACCAAGGGGGUAGGAUUAGACAAAUAGGAGAUUUUACUAAUUCAGGGACAGUUGGUAAAGGAAUAAUGUAUGAAGGAAUAAAUAUGGAUGCUCGCGUUGAAGUUGAACCAAAAUCAUGGUAUAGGCUAAAUUAA